CAUUGCUCAACUUUUUUGGGGGUGGUGGUGGUGGACCGUUACCCUCCUCAGAACAUUCUGUUCGGGACUCCGGGGGGGUGACAGAUAAGGUGGAAACCAUGGCUGCUCUUCGCCCGUUGGAAGAGAAACUGGAACAAUUUCGUUUAGCCUCACGCUCCUGUGAUCACGUUUUCAAGCACACCCUGGGCCAGGCCCAACAGACGGAGAGACAGAUAAAAAACGAGUUCGAGAAACUCCGUCAGUUUCUGCGGGAGGAAGAGGAGGCCAGGAUCGCCGCGGUGAGGGAGGAAGAGGAGCGGAAGAGUCAGAUGAUGAAGGAGAAGAUCGAGCAAAUGAAAGGCGAUAUAUCCACUCUCUCGGACACAAUCAAGGUUGUGAAGGACGAGCUGGAAGCUGAAGAUGUCUCCUUCCUCCUGGCGUAUGAAGACACAAUGAAAAGGGUCUGGGCGGCACCUCAGAUCCCCGGGAAAGAUCCGGGGGCACUGAUCGACGUGUGCAAACACCUGAGCAACCUCAAGUACAGAGUCUGGGAGAAGAUGCUGGGGACCGUUCAGUACACCCCUGUCACUCUGGACCCCAACACAGCUGCCCGCUCCCUGGCCCUCUCUGAUGAUCUGACUCGGGGGGGUCACGGGGGGGACGAGGUGGGGGCGGGGCAGCAGCAGUUCCCCAAUAACCCGGAGAGGUUUGACCCCUACGCCUGUGUGCUGGGGUCCCAGGGCUACAGCUCGGGGAGGCACAGCUGGGAGGUGGAGGUGGGGGACAGCACCAACUGGACGCUGGGCGUGGCGGCGAGCUCUGUCCGCAGGAAGGAGGAGUUUUCGGCGUGUCCUGAGGAGGGCCUGUGGACCAUCAGCUUAAGGGACGGGGGGUACUGGGCGAUGGAAACACCCUGGUCCUUCAUCCCGGUCGAGAAGAGGCUCCAGAGGGUUAGGGUGGAGCUGGACUGGGACGGUGGUCAGGUCACCUUCUUCGACCCCGCGGAGGCCAACAGCGCCCCCCUCUACACCUUCACGCACACCUUCACGGAGCAGGUGUACCCCUACUUUGAGAGCACCUGCACACGGAGGUCCCUGAGAAUCUUACCGGAGAAGGUGUCCGUGCAGGUGGACGAAGACUCCGCUGGACAGGACCUCACACGGUCCCGCCGAAAUUCCCUCGAGUGA